UAAAAUCAAUUGUCCAUUGCGCCUUUAUCAUCAAUCCAAGUUUCCCUUAAAAAUCUGAUUCGAAAACACAAGAAAAUUUUCCUGGAAAAUCUAGUUCUAAAUCAAAGUUUUCAGUAAAGGGUACCUUAAUUAACAGAAGUUGUAACUAACAGAAUCGGUUUGAAUCAAUGGCAUACGAAGGCGAUCUCAAUCUGAAGGCGACAGAGCUAAGGUUAGGGUUGCCAGGGAGCGAUGAACCUCGGAAAAAAUCCACUCCUAGUGUAAGGAGCAACAAAAGGGCCUCACCAGAAAUAUCAGAGGAGUCUAGGACCAGAAGCAAUUCUAGUGCAUCGAUUGCUGAAAAUGGUGACAGGGAUAUUUGUGCACCUCCGGCCAAGGCACAAGUCGUGGGAUGGCCGCCGAUCAGAUCUUAUAGGAAAAAUUGCUUUCAAACGCAGCAAAAUGAAGCUGAGGGUACUUGUAUGUACGUUAAAGUAAGCGUGGAUGGUGCUCCUUAUCUGAGAAAGAUUGAUCUUAAAGUGUACAAGAGUUACCCAGAGCUCCUCAAGGCCUUGGAGAACAUGUUCAAGCUAACUAUUGGUGAGUACUCAGAGAGAGAAGGGUACAAUGGAUCUAACUAUUCUCCUACUUAUGAAGACAAAGAUGGUGACUGGAUGCUUGUUGGAGAUGUUCCAUGGGAAAUGUUUAUUUAUUCCUGCAAGAGGCUGAGAAUUGUGAGAGGAUCAGAAGGUAGAGGAUUGAGGCAUUGAGCUGUUCAUAGAAAGCUGGAGAACAUAUAAUCAUAUAUCUACCAAGAUGCAGCUAAAAAACACAGUGAUUCAGAGGAACAGACAUUAGUCUUGUGUUCCGCGAGAAGUCAGGUCUCUUGGAGAUUACAGGAGCAGAUUGAUCAGAUCAUUUUGGAAUUUUGGCUUUCGUCCUCUGGAUUUUUGAUCUUAUUAAUUUAAAGUUUAUAUACUGGGAAAAUAAUGAAGCAGCAAAAUUUUCGAGAUUCAAUUGUACAAAGGGGAAAAAAAAGCAUUAUUACUUUAUCUUUACAUCUCGAUAUGUAUCAUUUAGGAAUACAAAGACAGAAUUAUACUAUUUUCUUUUUUCGAGAAUUAAAUGCAUUUCAAUGAUAAAAAAUAAUAAUAUAAUGAAGAUACAUGUUACCAUUACACAAAA